AUGAGCCCGCGUGCCUUUUCCGCCUAUCCGUACUCUCCAAUCUCCGGCGCGAGUCUCCUCUCCGAUCCUGGUUUCCACCACAACUACCGCAAGUUCAAUCGGAUGCCUCCUAUGCUUGGCUUCAUCUACAACAGUGAGGUGAGCUCUGUCAGUCGCUUUGUCCCCACCACUGGGUCCUCCCUCCCAUGCACUUUUGACCCCCAGCUGGCUGACUUCACCGUGUGCGACUGCCGCCAUGGCCGUGUCCUCCUCGACAACUGUGAGGUGCCCAUGGAGCUUGUGGUCUGGGACCCCAUGACGGACCGCCGAAAAGUGGGCCCUUUCCAUGUUGUUUUUGUCGGUAUUGAUGCGGAGGUGGGGAGCGUAACCGCCUACAAGUACUCGUCGGAGACGGGUGAGUGGAGCACGCCGACGUCUGAGCUUGCCCUUGUCGACGAGCAUCACUUUGUCGUGGAGCUUGACCUCUUCGACGGGCUUGACCCCGUCGAUGACGGCUACCUUACUGCGAUGCACAGUGUGCUCGUUGAAGACUCCCUCCACUUCCUCCUCAUGUCUGGGCCACAAGGCGCUCGAGUUCUCAAGUACGACGUAGGAAGGCAUUACCUCUCUUUGAUCGUCCUGCCGGCAGCGGCGGCUGUUUACGACCGGGGCACCCUUCUCAUGGCAACAGAGGAUGGAAGGCUGGGAGUCGCCCACCUGGACAAGCUCAGCCUUCACCUGUGGUCAAGGGAGGUGGGUCCUGACGGAAUUGCAGCAUGGACAGAACAUAGAGUCAUUAAUCUCAUACCGUUUCUCCCCAUUGGAGAUCCUGCGAUCAAAGUGGAGUUGAUUGGCUCCGUGGAGGGUGCCAAUAUCAUCUUCGCCACCACAGCUCUUGGUGUCUACGCUAUUGAUCUCAAGUUGCUGCGGUCAAGAAAGUUAUGUGAAGGACAAGACAUUCGGCCCCUCUUCCCCUUCAUGAGCUUUUACAAUCCACCAGAAAGGCAAACUGGAGCAAGUUUUCCGGCAGGGGCAUCGGUUGCUGCGCGUCACCUGUGAUGUGUUGGACAGACCCCAGUUGUGCGUCUCACCAAUAAGAUGGAUAAUCUCAUAGAGUCAAUUAAGGGUUUGUGACGUAGUAAUGAACUAUUUCAGUACUAGGUGUUUCGGUGUUACUUGGUUGAUUUCUCAUGCUGUUUGCUUUGUGAGUAACUUAAUUCAGUUCCAUAAUUUCGUCAAUCUGUGUCAGUGCGUGGGUGCGUGCGUGUGAAGUUGCGAUAUGUUUUCAGAUACUUGAUGAAGUUGGUGGCUUCGUCU